CUCCACUUCGUUCCAUUUCUGUUUUCCACACACGUUUGAGAAAAACUGCAUCUCUUCUUCCUCACUCGCUCAACACAUCACUCAGCUUCUCCUUUCUCAAGUCUCAACCAGACCAAACAUGUUUUUCCACAUAGUAUUAGAGAGAAACAUGCAGCUUCAUCCCCGUCACUUCGGCCGUGACCUUCGCGACAAACUCGUUUCCAAACUCAUGAAAGAUGUCGAAGGCACUUGCAGUGGUCGGCACGGUUUCAUUGUGGCGAUUACUGGGAUCGAAAGCGUUGGGAAAGGUUUAAUUCGUGACGGGACAGGUUUUGUUACGUUUCCAGUGAAGUAUCAAUGCGUUGUGUUUCGACCUUUCAAAGGUGAGAUUUUGGAAGCUGUUGUUACCAUGGUUAACAAGAUGGGAUUUUUUGCUGAAGCAGGGCCUGUGCAGAUUUUCGUUUCAAAUCAUUUGAUACCGGAUGACAUGGAGUUUCAGUCAGGGGAUGUGCCAAACUAUACAACUUCAGAUGGUUCGGUUAAAAUUCAGAAGGAAAGUGAAGUUAGAUUGAAGAUUAUUGGUACACGUGUUGAUGCCACAGAAAUUUUCUGUAUUGGUACGAUAAAGGAUGAUUUUCUGGGUGUGAUCAGUGAUCCAGGCGCAAAUGCUUGAAACGCGCACAUACUUGACCUUUGUAUAUAGCUGCUCCUGUACCUUUUUGAGGAGAAGUGAUGUUUUCAUCGUUGAAAUAUUGUAAUAGAAGCUUCAUGUAAUUUCCUCUUGAGAACGAAGCCCAGAUCUAGUUGAUUUAUAUUCUAGGCCAGAUUUGUAUCUGCAGCUAGAUUCCAAGGUAAGGUUUGUCCUCCUUACUUGUACUUUCCUCUUUCCUUUUUGAGGUACCAUUAAUUUAAGUCCACACUGGUGUUCCGCCUGGGUGGAGAUGUUCAUCUCCUUCUAUAUUUGAAAACAUAAAAGGUUAUAUCUCUGGUUAUUUGGGUUAAUGAGGCAUUUCAACAGUGUUUUCUAUUAAAUGAGAUAUCUGUUGAGGGUCA